AUGAAAAGAAAAAGUAGUUACCAUCAGAGCAAUAAUAAAUAUGAAGCUAAUGAAAGUUCUAAUAAAUAUGAUGAAAAAGGAAAAAGUAAACACAGAGGUUCGGAUAUAAUAAUAGGUAAUGAUAAAAAAAAAGACGAUGAUAGUUAUAAAAAAAAAGAUGAUGAUAGUUAUAAAAAAAAAGAAGAUGAUAAAAAAAGCUCCAAAAAAUAUGAACGUAAAAAUGAUAGUACAUAUGAAAAUCGGAAAAAUCAUGAAAAAAAAGAUGAUGAACAUUCAAAAAAUGACAAGAACAACAACAACAACAACAAUAAUAAUAAUAAUAAAAGAUAUGAACAUAAAAGUUAUGAUGAAGAAAAAAGUAAAAAAAAAUUAAAAACGUAUGAUAAAUAUGACGAAAAAAGAUAUUCUAGAAAAAGAAGUAGUGAUAAUAGAAGUGAUUAUUAUUAUAAAAAAUAUGAAGAAAAAAGAAAAGGAAAAAAUACAAAUAAUCAUGAUAAAAAAUAUGAUGAUAAUACAUAUAAUACAUCAUAUGAAAGAAAUUCAUAUGAUAGAAAAUCAUCAAGUUAUAAAUAUAAAUCAAAACAUAGAGAUGUAUCACAAAUUAAUAACAAAAGAAUGAGUAAUAAAUAUAAUGAAAAUUAUUAUUCAGAUUCUUCUAAUGAUAAAUAUUCUACACGUUAUAGUAAAAAAGAUUUGUAUGGCAGAAAUAAAAGUAGUAAAAGUAUUAGCAGAGACAAAUCAUAUAACAAUAAAUACGGUAGAAAAAGUAUUGAUGGAAUCAAAAAAAACAAACAACCAAGUUAUAGAUAUGAUGAUAAAAGAGAUAGUCACUUAAACAAUUAUUAUCCUAAUCAUAGUAAUGACAUGAAAAAUGCUCCUCCUGAUGAUACUAAUGAUGAUCAUGAAAAUGAUAAUAAUUAUUAUUAUAAUGAAUAUUAUAAGGGAAAUAAUAAAACCCGGGAUAGGAAACCAUUAGGGGGAAAUGAAGAUGAUACCAAAGAAGAAAGAGAACGAAAUGAAGAAAGAAAUGAUGAACAACAAAAAGAACGACAAGCACAAAAUGAAUACGAUGGAGAUUAUAUAUCUGAAUCUUAUCAAUAUAAUAAUAAAUACGAUUAUAAAAAAAAGGGUUAUGAAAAAGAAAGAAGAAAUAGAACAACGUACGAAGAAGAAAAUGAUAAAGAUUAUGAAAUAGAAGGAAAUGUAGAUAAGGAAUAUACAUCUAACAUAUAUCAUCCAAAUAAAAAAGAUAAUUAUAAAAAUAAAAAUUUUAAUAAUGUACCUUAUGAUCAGAAAAUGAGUAAUAGAAAAAAUAUAAAAUCUAGAGAUAAUAAUAAUAAUAAUAAUAAUAAAAUGAAAAACAUAAAGAAUAUGAAAAAUGUAAAUGGACCCAAUAAUAAUAUGUUAAAAGGAAAUAUACACGAUGAUAAUAAUUUUAUGUAUUAUAAUAAAAUGACUGGAGAACAAGAAAUGAACACUGAUCAGAAUUAUAUGGAUAGUAAUGAGGAUAAUUAUGUAGAUAGUAAUACAAAUAAUAAUUUCAAGAAUCCUACAAAUAAUCAUAUGAUGGGUAAUAUGAACAAUUUUCUUAAUUCUAAUAAACCAAAUAAUAAUAAUAUGAAUAAUAUGAAUAAUAUGAAUAAUACAACAUUUAAUAUGAUGAAUUAUAAUAAUAGUAAUCAUAUGGGUGGACAUACAUUUAAAAAUAAUAUGUAUAAUGAAGGAUCUAUAAAUUUUGUUAAUACACAUUCUAUUAAUAAUAACAUAAAUAUGAUACCACAAGAUGAUCAGAAGGAUUUUUUUAAUCCUUUAAAAAAAAAUAAUAAUCUACAAAGUACGCACAUAGAUGCUAAUAAUAAUAUCAUACCACCUCCACCAAGUACAGAUAAUAGAUUUUUUAAUAUUAGUAGAAAAAGUUUGUUAUUAAUUCCAAAUGAUAAACAAAUGAAAAUUAGUAAUAUGAGUAAUACAACAGGUAUGCCAUAUAAUCAUGUUAACAUGAUGAACAAUCCAAACAUGAUAAAUAGACAAUCUCAUGUUUCCCUUCUGAAUAAUACCUUUACCGAAUUUGAAAUGAAAGAUAAAAAUAUAGAAAAUAGUAACUUGAACAAUGCACCAAAUAUAAAUAUUACUUCAAAUAAUAACAUACCUCCCCCACCCGAUACAGAUAUAAAUAAGAACAAGAUGAUUGCUCCCCCACCUUAUGCUGGCGAUAAUACAGCAUCUGUUAAUCCACAUAUCCCAAAUUUUCAUAGCGGUGUAAUGAAUAGAAAUUCGAUAUCACCUAUCUACCCCACAUCAAUAAGAAGUAAUAAUAUGAUAAACAAUAAUAUGAUGAAUGCUGAUGGCACCGUGUUACCUGCAAAUAUGAACCAUCCUAAUAAUAUGCUGAAUGUAACAAAUAAUAUGAUGGUGAGUCCUCAUCCUAUGAAUAAUGAAAUGAAGAAUAUGUCAUUUAAUAAAAAUAUGAAUAUAUCAAAAACACCAAAUAAUAAUGUGAUUCUUACGAAAAAUGUAAAUAGUUUAAUGAAUAUCCAAAGGGAACCACCCAUAAAUUCUUAUAAUAAUCCUUUAGGUUUUAAACCUUUGAAUUAUGAUGAUCCAAAUAGUAUUCCUAUAAAUUAUGACGAAGGUGCAUGGUUUAAUAAUAACCAAAUGAAUGGUACUAAUAAUAAUAUGUAUCAUAUGAAUGAUAAUAUUUUGAAACCUAAUGAAGACCUUAUUCGUAUAAGUGGAAUAAAAGACAAUAAUAAUAAUAAUAAUAAUGAAGAAGAAGAAAAAGAAAAAAAAAAAGAAAAAGGAGAAGAAACAGAAGGGGAAGAAGUAGAUGAACAAGGAGAAAUAGAAAGAAAUGGAGAAGGAAAUGAAAAAAAAGAAAAAGAUAAUAAAAAUAUGUUAAUACAAACACAUCAUCAUAAGGAUGAAUUAUUAUCAAAUCGAAAUAAUUUUAUGAAUAAUGAAAAGAAAGAAUUAACAAAAGAAGAAAAAUUACAUGAAUGGUUAGAAUAUGAAUUAACAAAUCAAACAAAUAUUAUAUCUGAUGCAAUACAUUUAAUGCCCAUAUAUCUGAAAAAAAAUAAAAUGUUACCAUGUAAUAAUGAUAUUAUGUCAAAGAACAAAAGUAGUCAUAAUAAAAAAGAUCAAAUGAUAAAUAAAGAGUUAAUGAAUAAAGCUAAAAAUAAACAAAAACAAAACUAUUUUCAAGAUGUACUAAGUAAUAUGAAAUAUACACAAAAAGAUGAUUUUUUAUUUAAAGAAAAAAUGUCAUAUAAAUUUAUAGAACUGCAAACUAUUAAUUCAAUGGAACAAUCAAAUAAAUAUAUGACAUCUAAAAUGAACAAAACGAAGAAUCAUAAAAUAACAAACCAUAUGGUACAUAUGGUUGAUGACCAAAAUUGUUUGGACAAAUUAAGGGAUCAUAUUUUAUCAAAUAAUAAUCCAAAAAAAAAAAGUCUUAAACAAAAUGGAAAAAGUAAUUAUAUUUUCAGAAAGGAGCAACAACAAGAAAAAGAUGAAGAGGAAAAGGGAGAAGGAGAGGAAGAUGAAGAGGAAAAGGGCAAAGGAGAGGAAGAAGAAGAAGAAGAAGAAGAAGAAGAGGAAGGAGAAGAAGAAGUGGAAGAGGAAGGGGAAGAAGGAGUUGAUGAAUUUUUAACCCAUUUUGCUAGUACGAAUGAAAAUUUAUUUACACAUGUUUGUUAUAACAACACAAAAGAUAACGAUGUGACUUCAAAUUUGUCAGAUAGGUUAAAAGAUGACAAUAAUAAUGAUAAUAAUAAUGAUAAUAAUAAUAAUGAUGAUGAAAUAAAUGAGAGUAGUAAUAAUAAUUUCUUCUUAAAUCUUAUGAAAUCCAAAUUGAAAAAUCCAUUUUCUCUUUUAACAACAUUGGGCACAAAAAAUAAAGAAGAUACAGAAAAGAAAACAGAUAAUAUUGAUACAACAAAUCAUAUAGAUAAACACAAUUCCCCCAAUUCAAAAAAUAAUGACAAUAAUAAUAAUAAUAAUAAUAAUGAUGUUAUCCAACAAAAUAAAAAUCUCAACGAUUUAUUAGAUAAAAAUAAUUUCAGCUAUAAACUUUAUUUACUCUCAUUAAUGCAAGACAAAAAUAAAAAUUUACAAACAGAACAAUUAAAUAACUCUGAUUUAAAUACAAAACAAAAAAAUAAAAAUCAUACACUCACGCUUAAAGACAAAAUAGACAUCUCUUCAAUCAAUUUAUUCUUUUUAAAUAAUUACACUAUCAAAUCCGAGGAUUGCAUUAAUACAUUUUAA